ACCCCGCUCUCACAAGCGCCUCAAGGGCCUUCGCAGGCGGUGGCGGCCGGGUCAAGUGACAAGUGACGAGAUUCGCCAUCACAAGUCACAUCGCCUCACCUCACCUCAUGGCGCAUGUUGCCCCGACGCAGAGUGACUUGUUGCUUCCGCCCACCGAGCGUCACAGCGAAUAGUCGCAAGCCAGAUGCGCGUCGCCGACAUGCCAUGGGCGGCGAGCAACAAACGUUGCCCCUGCCCCCGCUCGACGCGGCGUGGGAUCCCACGCUACCGACUAACGACGACGACGAGUACUGUUGGACGCCGCUGCAGCUCGCGGCGCGAGGCGGCGACCUCGACACGAUGCGCAAGAUCCUCCACGCCCACCCUUGUGCUGCCGUAAAUGAUUCCCCGCGUGGCUACUACGGCCAGACGGCGCUCCAAGCGGCGUGCAUGCAAGGGCAUGACGAGGCGGUGCGGCUGUUGGUCGCUGCCGGGGCGGAUGUCCACGCCAUGGGCGGGAACAACAUGCAGCGCAACGCGCUUCAGAUUGCCUGCGGUCAGGGAAACGAAAGGGUCGUGGACGUUCUCCUCGAUGCGGGCGCUAGGGUGGAAGAGCGGCGGUCCUCGUCGCCUCGUGCGGACGGGGGCGUCGUGUCACAACGAGGCCGUCCAUCAGACACCCCGACUUGCUCCACAGCCAUCGUGGCAAGGUAUAACGGACGCACGGCCCUGCAAGCCGCCUCGGAGCGCGGCCACGAGCGCAUCGUCCGCAGACUCCUGCACCUCGGCGCCGACGUCAACGCCCCCGCAUCGCCCACAGCGGGCCUCACCGCGCUGCAGGCCGCGGCCAGCAACGGCUUCACCCCCAUCGUGCGGCUCCUCCUGCGCCACGGCGCGGACGCCAACGCCGCGCCCGCCCGGACAAAGGGCCACACGGCCCUGCAGGGGGCGUGCCUGCGCGGGCACCUCGACGUCGUGGACGUGCUGCUCAACGAGGCGGGCGCCGACGUGGACGCGUGGGGCGGCGCGUGGGGCGGUGCCGACGAAGGGGGCACGGCUUUACAUGCGGCAGCGGAGAAGGGCCAUGUGGACGUCGUGAGGAGGCUGCUGCGCGCGGGGGCGGAUGUGAAUGCUUGCGGUGCGAGGAGAAGGCAGACGGCGGUGCAGAGCGCGGCGGCGGGGGGCCAUGAGGAGGUGGUGCGGGUGUUGAGAGAAUGGGGGGCGCGAGGGGGGACGGGAGGGGGACGGUUUCUGUUUUCGUAG